UGUGUCUACGCCAUGAAGUCUUUAAUAGUAGAACUCCCGGAAAGCAGUGAUCUGUGCCCUAAGACAACAUGUUUAUACGAUUUACAUAUUCUACUUUCCAGUAAUAUUUAUAAUCAGCCAUAUUCAUAGAAACCCAUCCUGAAAGAGAAUUAUUGUGAAAAAGUGAAGAGAAUCUACAUUUGGGGGCAGAGGUGAGCAUUGGGAUCAAUUUUUUAUUAACCUAAGAUACUAACAUGAUGACACAGCCAGAGUAGUUAUGGUCAGUCAUGGAGAAUAACCAGGAAACUUGUCCCAAAGGGGAUAGUGAUGUCAUUUCUGAUAAAAUAAAUUUUAAAGAAGAAGAGGAAGAUGAUGAUCGAGUUCCUAGUCACAGUUUGGAAAGAGUGGACUUUAAAAGUGAACAAGAGGACAUGAAACAAGCAGACAGUGACAGUGGUGAUGAACAAGCGGAAAUCAGAGAAACGAGCUAUACCUGUAAGCCCCCUGGGAAAUAUUUAUCCACCGAGAAGGAGGAAGAUUAUGGGUCUUUGUUCUCUCAGUACAGCAGUACACUGUAUGACGUAGCGAUGGAAGCUGUGACUCAGAGCCUUCUUUCCAGCCGAAACAUCGGCUCCAGGAAGAAAUCUCCAGCUUGGAAACAUUUCUUUAUCUCUCCUCGAGAUAGUACGAAAGCAAUAUGUAUGUACUGUAUGAAAGAAUUUAGUAGAGGUAAAAAUGAAAAAGACUUGAGUACAAGCUGUCUCAUGAGACAUGUAAGGCGAGCGCACCCGACUGUGCUCGUUCAGGAAAAUGGCAGCGUGUCCACCGUGUCCUCCUUCCCUUCUGCUUCGCUCCUGCUUCCGCCACAGCCUGCCGACGUGGGAGACCUCAGCACCAUACUCUCACCCAUCAAAUUUGUCCAGAAAAUGGCAUCUAAGAUCCCAUCCCCUGAUCGAAUAACAGAGGAAUCUGUGUCUGUAGUUUCUUCUGAAGAAAUUUCCUCUGACAUGUCCAUUUCUGAGAAGUACAGCAGAGAAGAAGCCCUGGUGGGGUCAUCUCCUCACCUCCCCACUCUCCAUUAUGAUGAAACUGCAGAGAACAUAGCAGAGAAAAACCUUCCACUUCCAAAGAACUCAUCCGGGUCCAGAAGAAGAUCUGCUGUCUGGAAGCACUUCUACCUGUCGCCCCUAGACAAUUCCAAAGCUGUCUGCAUUCAUUGCAUGAAUGAGUUCAGCAGAGGAAAGAACGGGAAGGAUCUGGGCACUAGCUGUCUCAUCAGGCACAUGUGGAGGGCGCAUCGCUCCAUCGUGCUGCAGGAGAACGGGGGCGGCACGGGCAUCCCACCGCUGUACUCCACUCCUCCAACCCUGCUAACUUCCUUGUUGCCUCCAGAGGGGGAUCUAAACUCUGUGUCGUCGUCUCCAGGAAAGCUGGUCAAAGAGUCCCCUUCAGCUUCCUCCUCCCCUGACAGGCUGACAGAGGACUUGCAGUCGCAUUUGAGUCCUGGAGAUGCGCUCAUGGAAGAUGUGUCUGUGUUGUCCUCUGAUGACGUCGGCGAGGCCUCAAUGGUGUCUUCUCCUGAGAAGCAGCAGGGUGAAAGGUUGAGUCCUAGGCUGUUUGAGUCUGGCGCUGUCUUCCAGCAGAAUAAGAAGGUCAUGAAAAGACUGAAGUCAGAAGUUUGGCACCACUUUUCACUGGCACCCACGGACAGUCUCAAGGCAGUGUGCAGGUACUGUAGCUGUGCUAUCAGUCGGGGAAGGAAAGGUGACGUGGGCACGAGCUGUUUGAUGAGACAUCUGUACAGACGCCAUCCUGAAGUGGUUGGGAACCAAAAGGGCUUUCUAGGUGCAAGCUUGGCAAAUUCUCCAUAUGCCACUUUGGCUUCUGCAGAAAGUUCCUCCUCUAGAUUAACUGACUUGCCAACAGUGGUCACAAAAAAUAAUCAAGUUAUAUUUCCCGCUAAUAGCAAAAAGACCUCAAAGCUGUGGAAUCAUUUUUCUAUUUGCUCUGCAGACUCCACUAAAGUCGUGUGCUUACACUGUGGCCGGACGAUCAGCAGGGGCAAGAAGCCCACCAACUUGGGCACCAGCUGCCUUCUGAGACAUUUACAGAGGUUCCAUAGCAAUGUGCUGAAAACUGAUGUCUCAGAGACAGUGCUGCCCUCUUCUCCAGACAUCCGUGUGCCACUGAGCACAGAAUUAUCAGGAACUUCCUCCUUCGAUGACACCAAUGAGAAGUUUUAUGAUUCUCACCCAGUUGCCAAAAAAAUCACAAGUCUCAUAGCAGAAAUGAUUGCACUUGACCUUCAGCCAUAUUCUUUUGUAGACAACGUUGGCUUUAAUAGGCUACUCGAAUACUUGAAACCUCAGUACUCUCUACCCUCCCCUUCCUACUUCUCUAGGACAGCUAUCCCAGGUAUGUAUGAUAAUGUGAAACAGGUAAUUAUGUCACAUCUUAAAGAAGCUGAAAGUGGUGUGAUCCACUUCACAUCUGGAAUAUGGAUGAGUAACCAGACCCGUGAGUACCUGACCCUUACGGCUCACUGGGUUACCUUCGAGUCGUCAGUUCGACCGCAUUGCGCAGGCCACCAUUGCUCAGCACUGUUAGACGUGUCACAGAUUGAUUGCGACUAUAGUGGCCACAGCAUUCAGAAGCAGCUGGAAAGUUGGUGGGAAGCCUGGGUGACCUCCGUUGGCCUACAGAUUGGCAUUACGGUUACUGACAAUCCAAGCAUAGGUAAGACGCUGAGCGACGGGGAGCGCUCGAGUGUGCAGUGCUUCAGUCACACGGUUAACCUGAUCGUCAACGAGGCCAUCAAGAGCCAGAGAAUGGUGCAGAAUUUACUUAGCAUUGCACGGAAGAUAUGUGAGCGGGUGCAUCGGUCUCCCAAAGCAAAAGAGAAACUAGCAGAGCUGCAGAAGGAAUAUGAACUACCACAACACCAUCUUAUUCAAGACGUUCCCUCCAAAUGGAACACGUCAUUUCAUAUGCUUGAACGACUCAUUGAACAGAAAAGGGCAGUUAAUGAGAUGUCCCUCGAGUGUAAUUUCAGGGAGCUGAUCAGCUGUGACCAGUGGGAAGUCAUGCAGUCUGUAUGUCACGCAUUGAAACCCUUCGAUGCUGCCAGUCGAGAGAUGAGCGCCCACGUGUCCACUUUAAGCCAAGUCAUCCCCAUGAUCCACAUCCUCACUAGGAAAAUCGAGAUGUUGUUUGAGGAGACAAUGGGCAUCGACACCAUGCUGAAGUCUUUGAAGGAAGCCAUGGUGAGCCGACUGUCCGCCACCCUCCACGACCCAAGGUACAUCUUCGCUACACUGCUGGACCCUCGUUACAAAGCCUCCCUGUUUUCAGAGGAGGAGGCGGAACAGUACAAGCAAGAUUUAAUCAGGGAACUAGAAAUACUGAAUUCUACCUCAGAUGACACACCUGCCUCCAAUGGGUGUGACACGGGUUCCCCAUCAAAAGACUCUGUUGGAGAGGAGAACCUGUGGUCACUUGUGGCCAAGAUGAAAAAGGAAGAUCUGAGAGAAAAGUUACCUGAAGACGUGGUGCUUGCGUAUUUGGAAGAGGAGGUUCUUGAACACAGCUGUGACCCGCUCACCUACUGGAGCCUAAAGAAGUCAUCCUGGCCGGGGCUGUCAACUUUGGCAGUCAGAUUUUUGGGCUGUCCCCCAAGUAUUGUCCCUUCGGAAAAGCUGUUCAGUACACCCACUGAGAAUGGUAGCUUUGCCCAAUCCAGGCUCACAAUGGAACAUUUUGAAAAACUUAUCUUUUUGAAAGUGAAUCUUCCCUUAAUAUACUUUCAGUAUUGAAACUCACAAUGGAGCCACCAGACUAGAGACAAUGUUGCUUCUUAGGCAUUAGCUGUUUGUACCAGGGGCUGUGACUCACUCCCCCAGGGCCAUGUACGACAUCAGACCAGGCACUCUCAGGUCCACUCUCCAGCGCGCACCGUCAUGUCUGCAUGUGCCUUACUCCUGCUCCUGCAGGCCAGGUAUUGCGGUGUGUUUUUUAAGCCCACUAGAAAUAGCCUGUCUUGUCGAUUAUGGAAUAUGAUAACUAGGUUUUAAUUCAUAACUGUAAAGUUUUUUAAAAGGUGGGGGUUAAUAUUUUGUUUUACUAGAAUAGCAGAGAAGAUGUAAACAAUUUUAUUCUGUAGGCUUUUUACUCAAUUAUGUAAAAACCACAAAUCAGGUACUGUAUUUUAGUUAAGCAUUGCUUUAAUUGCAGCAAAACAGCUUUCGUGGCUGUCGAAUGAAAUCUGUAAAUAGGAGGUGGUCAAGCCAUCCUGACUGAGCAGUUUUUAACAGCAGGCUCUAAAGUAUGUUGAGGAGUACAGAGAAUAUUCUAGAAGGUAACUGUUUACUAUGACAGAGAUAUUGCAUUCGAAAACAAAACUAAACUUAGAUGUGUCAUGGAGUAUCAGUUAUGUGGUUAUCUAGUCACUAGAAUUUUCCCAUUUCAGGUUUUUGCAUUCAGGUUUUAUGUGGUUCAUUAGCUCAGAAAUAUCUCAACUAUUUAUUAUGAGCUCCUUUGAAAUCUGAUCCGAGUUUGUAAAUUCAUGCUUAUUAUUUAGCCAGUGCAUAAUAUGACACGUUUACAGCAGACAGUCUGUUGAUUAAAUCUCCACACCUCUGAUUUAGUAUCUUUGCGCUAUGAAGCUGUCUUUUGAAAUGUGUACACUGACCCCCCUGUUUAAUCAAAUUAUGUAUAAAAUUCUUUUUAGAAGAGAUGGCUUAUUAACAGGGAAAAAGCUUAUUAUAUUACAGUUGUAAGAAUAGCCUUAGGUGUUUAGAUUUAUUUUUAUGAUAGGGAAGAUUCAGCCAUCACUGGGGUAUCUUAGAAUACCAAGGACAUCAGAAUGAACUAUCAGUUGUCAUAUUAUUUUAACAAUAUGUCUUCAGAAUUUUUGCUUUAACAUCUAAAAAAAGGUUCAUUUUCUCAUUUCAAACCAAUUAAAUAUUCUGGGUGAUACAAAUCACUCUGCCUGUGACCCUUUAGAGAAGUUGUUUUGUUAAAAUACUGUACCUAUGCUUAAUCUAAAUCUGCAUUGACUAUGUUUUAGUGUAUUUAUAAAUGGUGAACUCAGUUUCUGAAAUUAAACUUUUUAUUUGCAAUUUUCUA